UUUUUUUUUUUUUUUUUUUUUGCUUUUUUUUAAAAACAAAACAAAACAAAACUAUGAGCUGUUGUUAAACAGACAAAAAAAUCAAAAACAAAACAGCAGCUGCAGACUUGUCCCCGGCUGGAGCCAAGCGUCCCGCCUGGAGUGGAUGAGCCUCUCCAUGAGAGAUCCGGUCAUUCCUGGGACAAGCAUGGCCUACCAUCCGUUCCUACCUCACCGGGCGCCGGACUUCGCCAUGAGCGCGGUGCUGGGUCACCAGCCGCCCUUCUUCCCCGCGCUGACACUGCCUCCCAACGGCGCGGCGGCGCUCUCGCUGCCCGGCGCCUUGGCCAAGCCGAUCAUGGAUCAAUUGGUGGGGGCGGCCGAGACCGGCAUCCCUUUCUCGUCCCUGGGGCCCCAGGCGCAUCUGAGGCCUCUGAAAACCAUGGAGCCUGAAGAAGAGGUGGAGGACGACCCCAAGGUGCACCUGGAGGCUAAAGAACUUUGGGAUCAAUUCCACAAGCGGGGCACCGAGAUGGUCAUUACCAAGUCGGGAAGACGAAUGUUUCCUCCAUUUAAAGUGAGAUGUUCUGGGCUGGAUAAAAAAGCCAAAUACAUUUUAUUGAUGGACAUUAUAGCUGCUGAUGACUGUCGAUAUAAAUUUCACAAUUCUCGGUGGAUGGUGGCGGGUAAGGCUGACCCCGAAAUGCCAAAGAGAAUGUACAUUCACCCAGACAGCCCCGCUACCGGGGAGCAGUGGAUGUCCAAAGUCGUCACUUUCCACAAACUGAAACUCACCAACAACAUUUCGGACAAACAUGGAUUUACUAUACUGAACUCCAUGCACAAAUACCAGCCCCGGUUCCACAUUGUAAGGGCAAAUGACAUCUUGAAACUUCCUUAUAGUACAUUUCGGACGUACUUAUUCCCCGAAACCGAAUUCAUCGCUGUGACUGCAUACCAGAAUGAUAAGAUAACUCAGUUAAAAAUAGACAACAACCCUUUUGCAAAAGGUUUCCGGGAUACUGGAAAUGGCAGGAGGGAAAAAAGAAAACAACUCACCCUGCAGUCCAUGAGAGUGUUUGAUGAAAGACACAAAAAGGAGAAUGGGACCUCAGAUGAGUCUUCAAGCGAACAGGCAGCCUUCAACUGUUUUGCUCAGGCCUCUUCUCCAGCAGUCUCCACUGUAGGGACAUCCAACCUCAAAGAUCUGUGUCCCAGCGAGGGUGAGAGUGACGCUGAGGCAGAAAGCAAAGAGGAGCACGGCGCGGAAGCCUGCGAUGUGGCCAAAAUCUCCACCACCACAUCGGAGGAGCCCUGCCGAGACAAGGGCAGCCCGGCGGUCAAGGCGCACCUCUUCGCGGCCGAGUCCGGCGGCCGAUCCCGGGAUAGCGGGCGGCUGGACAAGGCGUCGCCUGACUCGCGCCACAGCCCGGCUACCAUCUCAUCCAGCACCCGUGGCCUGGGUGCAGAGGAGCGCCGGAGCCCGGGCCGCGAGGGCGCAGCGACGUCCAAGGUCGAGGAGGCGCGCGUGCUGCCGGGCAAGGAGGCUUUCGCGCCGCUCACCGUGCAGACGGACGCGGCCACCGCGCACCUGGCCCAGGGCCCCCUGCCCGGCCUUGGCUUCGCCCCUGGCCUGGCCGGCCAGCAGUUCUUCAACGGGCACCCGCUGUUCCUGCACCCGGGCCAGUUCGCCAUGGGGGGCGCCUUCUCCAGCAUGGCGGCCGGCAUGGGGCCCCUGCUGGCCACCGUGUCCGGGGCCUCCACUGGCGUCUCGGGUCUGGAUUCCACGGUCAUGGCCUCUGCCGCUGCGGCGCAGGGACUGUCCGGGGCGUCCGCGGCAACCCUGCCCUUCCACCUCCAGCAGCACGUACUGGCCUCCCAGGGCCUGGCCAUGUCGCCUUUCGGAAGCCUGUUCCCUUAUCCCUACACGUACAUGGCCGCGGCGGCGGCCGCGUCCUCCGCAGCUGCCUCCAGCUCGGUGCACCGACACCCUUUCCUCAACCUGAACGCCAUGCGCCCGCGGCUGCGCUACAGCCCCUACUCCAUCCCGGUGCCGGUCCCGGACGGCAGCAGCCUGCUCAGCACUGCCCUGCCGUCCAUGGCGGCGGCCGCGGGGCCCCUGGACGGCAAAGCCGCCGCCCUGGCCGCCAGCCCGGCCUCCGUGGCCGUGGACUCGGGCUCGGAACUCAACAGCCGCUCCUCCACUCUUUCCUCCAGCUCCGUGUCCUUGUCGCCCAAACUCUGCUCGGAGAAAGAGGCGGCCACCAGCGAACUGCAGAGUAUCCAGCGGUUGGUCAGCGGCUUGGAAGCCAAGCCAGACAGGUCCCGCAGCGCGUCCCCGUAAACCCCUCCCCAGAAAAGUCUCUUCAUUCCAGUCCAGUCAAGUCUGCAGUGCACUUUGUUGGAUGUAAAGUAAACCACGGGCCUGCCGUGGGGUUAACCCCUUCCUUUUGCAGUCGUGUCUGGGAAGGGGUACCGGACUCCCCCGAGAGAAUGUGCUAGAGACAGGCCCUGUCUUCUUGGCGUGGUUUAUAUAACCGGGAUCUGUCUCAGAUUCUGUUGCAUUGAGCUGUUGGGGGUGGGAGUUAAAGCAUUUAUAUCCUGAGCAACUUCCAGCAAGGCUGUUCUGGGAGCUGUGGCCGAAGAAGCCCACCAGGAGGGGAGGUGUUGACAGGCAUCUCCCUCAGUGUGGAUAUAUAUAUAUAUAUAUAUUUUCCUUCACCGUAUCAAGUGGAAACAAAUAAUUUUUUUUUUAAGAAAUGGGGACAAAUGAAUACAUUAACAUGAUUCUGUUAGUGAAGAUUAAAAACUUUAUAGUGUCUUGCGUAUCAGUUCUCAAUAAAUUACUGAGCAGCAUUGUUUGGGGAGGGAAGUCUCUGCCAUCCUUGUUUAGUCUAUAUUAAGGAAAUCUGUGUCUUUUUAAUAUUCUUGUGAUGUUUUAAGAGCCACUAUAGGUCUCUUGUUGCAUGUUCCACAGUAAUGUAUUUGUGGUUUUUAUUUUGAACGCUUGCUUUUAGAGAGAAAACAACAUAACUCCAUACCCUUUUCCCAAUCCCGUGCCCCCAAAAUGGCAACCCCAAGGGAGGGAGGGGGGAAUUAAAGGGAAGGGGUGGGGAAAAUACA